AUGUUCGCCACGAGCCAAGCGCCAUGUAAUCCACAGCAAAGCUUUGCUCCAACGCCAAACCGCUUCAGUGUUCUCGCAGAGCUCGAGCAGUCACCAACGCAGAUGAAGUGGGCGUUUGACCUCGUUCAUCCUAUUCCCAAACUGAGCAGACGUCGCGGUAAACGAGCGGGCAAGCACAAGCUCAAAUACACUUCACAGAGCAAUCGGGACGCGCAGAAGAACAAGGGUUUGGGUGAGAUCUGUGACAAAAUUGUGGCACUGAGCCUGAACAGCGGGUCAACGCGCAGCGAGCCACGGGACAAUACCACCACGCCUAUGGAUACAGUGCGGCACCAUUGGGCACCCCAAUUCCGUCCAGAUAAAACAUUGGAGCCUUCGGUCCCUGAGAGUGUUCAUUUGCAGCCUAAGCCCUACAUCCCUCACGCCAAGGCUUCUCCAUCGACUGAUGACCAGGAGCAAACCAGACAAAAGGAGUCGCGCUUUUUCCCUCUGUCAGCCUUCCUCGCGAGCUCUCCUCCUGCGGCACAUUCGGUGCCAGCGAGUGAACCCACACGUCCAGUUUUGACCCGGAACUCCCAGACGAAAAGGACGUUCGCUGAGGCGCCCUCCACCUCGGCGCAAGAGGCCGUUGCAUCGGUAUGCCAGGCUCUUGCCAUGCAGAGGACCGACACAGCCGCUCUUGAAGAGCCGCUGGCCGCAUGUGUGUCAAUUUCUUCACUCCCUUCGCUGGUUGCGCAGCCGUCUGUCCCCGCGUGUCGACAAAGAUCUGAGUUUCCUCACGUUACAGCUUCUUCAUUUUCGCCACUCCCUAUUACCUCUCCGCACGCCGCCUCCCCUGUUCUCACGCCAAAGGUUAUGCCUAAUCCUCCCUCGACACCUUCCCCAUUCCGUCCCGUCGAUUUCAGCCCUGAGUAUAUACUCGAGGAACCACCACAACCUCCUGUUGCAGACUUGGUAACUGGCCAAGAUCCCGCUCAGGCGCUGCAUCAUUACUAUUCUGGUUAUGGCCGAACGUGUCGGUCUUCGCUUACAACCGCGCCUUUCACGUACCCCCACCCAUUUUGUGCUCCAUCACAACCGCGCACAACGAUGGUCCCACCUCAUAUCAGCGGUGUGGCCCGCUUGGACGAGGCUUUGAGAUGGUCGCUGUUCGGUUAUGGGGCUCCUCAGGGACCAUUGUCUGGGACCACCUCUUCGGUGAGUGUCGAGGAUUUCCUCAAAAUGGGUCACGCCAGCCCCUGCUGGUGCUCAAAAUGUCCGAACAGUGUGCCCCUAGGAGAAUUGCCACAUGAGAAGGUGAUAGCGACAUCGCAAACUGAAAGGACCGAAAUAGCGUGUAAUACUCUCAUAAUCCCAAAAACCUUUGGCGACGAACCCCAUGAGGAAACCGUGGCCGGUGCAUGGCGUAGAGAGCCGGAGAAUCGUGAAAUCGGCAUCGGCACUGAGACGGAAAGCAACGAGCUUGUGCCUACAUCUCAAUCUUCCUCAAGCUCCAGACCUCAGUCUGAUUUUGAAGAACUACUCCGAAGUGUCCGCGAAGCCUUCACGCCCGACAGCGACAAUGAGAGCUCAGAAGACGACACCUGGGCAGUCGUGUACAAGGGCUACCCAAGACCCCAAGUCUCAAUGCAAUCGUCACAAGACACAGUAUCAGAGCCAGAGAUAGUGUCAGAACCUGAGGUGCUGUCCUUGCCCACAACGAGCCCUGCAUUCUCCGAAACAACUUGGACCAUCCCUCCCUUCGACUUUGAGCUCGGUUCACCGCGUGAAGAGCUCGUCGAAACAAACAGUCUAACCACGCCAUCCUCACCCUUAAAUCUGUGGUCUUCACCGUCUAACAGUCCGUUUUUGACACCAGUUCUACCUUCGACACCUCCUCCGACUUCCGUCGCGCCAACACCAAAUCGGCGAACCGGCUCGGCCGUCCAUACUGAGGACAUCUUGAACGUCCAGAAUAUCUAG